GUAAGGCAGGGUUAUCAGGGGUUAUAUAUUUGAUCCCUGCCCUCCCUGCAGGUUUAGCAGCAGCCUCCUCUUCACCUGGCCUCUGUACGUCACUGACUGAUACUCUGAGGUCUGAGCUCACCUGGAGUCUGACUUGAUCCCACAGCCAUGGGGGACGCAGAGAUGUCUGUGUUCGGGCCGGCUGCCUCGUACCUCCGGAAGUCGGACAAAGAGCGCAUGGAGGCGUCCACGCGUUCCUUCGACAUAAAGAAGGAAUGCUUUGUCCCGGAUCCAGUGGAAGAGUUUGUGAAGGCAACCGUCACCAGCAGAGAUGGAGAUAAGGUCACUGUGGACACCAAGAAUGGGAAGACUGUGACGGUGAAGGACGAGCAGCUCCUGCAGCAGAAUCCGCCAAAGUUUGACAAGAUUGAGGACAUGGCCAUGUUGACCUUCCUCCACGAGCCUGCCGUGCUGUUUAACCUCAAAGAGCGUUAUGCAGCGUGGAUGAUCUAUACCUACUCCGGGCUCUUCUGUGUGACUGUCAACCCCUACAAGUGGCUGCCGGUCUACAACCAAGAAGUGGUCAUUGCCUACAGAGGAAAGAAGAGGAGUGAAGCUCCUCCUCACAUCUUCUCCAUCUCUGACAAUGCCUACCAGUACAUGCUGUCAGACCGUGAAAACCAGUCGAUUCUGAUCACCGGAGAAUCCGGUGCUGGAAAGACUGUCAACACAAAGAGAGUCAUCCAGUAUUUUGCAAGUAUUGCAGCUGGAGGAGCAAAGAAAGACGUCAUGGUCAAAGACAAGGGUACCCUGGAGGAUCAAAUCAUCCAGGCUAACCCGGCUCUGGAGGCCUUUGGCAACGCCAAGACCAUCAGGAAUGACAACUCCUCCAGAUUCGGUAAAUUUAUCCGGAUCCACUUUGAUGCCAGAGGAAAACUCGCCUCGGCUGAUAUUGAAACAUACCUUCUGGAGAAGUCUCGUGUGGUCUUCCAGCUUAAGGCUGAGAGGGAUUACCACAUUUUCUACCAGAUUCUGUCCAACAAGAAGCCUGAACUCCUGGAGAUGCUGUUGAUCACAAACAAUCCCUACGACUACGCCUUCAUCUCUCAGGGGGAAACCCAAGUGGCCUCCAUUAAUGAUUCAGAGGAGCUCAUGGCAACAGACAGUGCCUUCGAUGUGUUGGGCUUCACCCAAGAGGAGAAGAACUCUGUGUACAAGCUGACCGGUGCCAUCAUGCAUCACGGCAACAUGAAGUUCAAGCAGAAGCAGCGAGAGGAGCAGGCAGAGGCUGACGGCACUGAAGAUGCUGACAAAGUUGCAUAUCUGAUGGGCCUGAACUCUGCUGACCUCAUCAAAGGUCUCUGUCACCCAAGAGUCAAAGUAGGAAAUGAGUGGGUCACCAAGGGACAGAAUGUUGCUCAGGUGACCUACGCCGUCGGUGCUCUGUCCAAGGCUGUUUAUGAGAAGAUGUUUUUCUGGAUGGUGGUGAGAAUCAACCAAUCACUGGAAACCAAGCAGCCUCGCCAGUACUUCAUUGGUGUGCUGGACAUCGCUGGAUUUGAGAUCUUUGAUUUCAACACCUUCGAGCAGCUGUGCAUCAACUUCACCAACGAAAAACUGCAACAGUUCUUCAACCACCACAUGUUUGUGCUGGAGCAGGAAGAGUACAAGAAAGAGGGCAUUGAAUGGACCUUCAUUGACUUUGGGAUGGACUUACAGGCCUGUAUUGACCUGAUUGAAAAGCCCAUGGGUAUCAUGUCCAUCCUUGAAGAGGAGUGCAUGUUUCCAAAAGCCUCUGACACCACCUUUAAAGCCAAGCUCUACGACAACCAUCUGGGGAAGUCUGCAAACUUCCAGAAGCCCAGAGUUGUGAAGGGGAAACCAGAGGCCCAUUUUGCCCUGAUGCACUACGCUGGAACUGUAGAUUAUAAUAUCAACAACUGGCUGGUGAAGAACAAAGAUCCUCUGAAUGAGACCGUCGUUGGACUCUACCAGAAGUCUAAUCUCAAGCUGCUUUCUAUACUCUUUGUAAACUACUCUGGAGCUGACUCAGCUAUGACCGACCAUGUUGAGGGCAAAAAGGAGAAGAAGAAAAAGGGAUCUUCAUUUCAGACUGUGUCAGCUCUUCAUAGGGAGAACUUGAACAAGCUGAUGACCAACUUGAGGUCUACUCACCCUCACUUUGUGCGCUGCAUCAUCCCCAAUGAGACCAAGACUCCCGGGGUCAUGGAGAACCCUCUGGUGAUGCACCAGCUGCGCUGUAACGGUGUGCUGGAAGGCAUCAGGAUCUGCAGGAAGGGAUUCCCAAACAGGAUCCUCUAUGGAGAUUUCAAACAGAGAUAUCGCAUUCUGAACCCUGCUGCCAUCCCUGAGGGACAGUUCAUCGACAGCAGGAAGGGAGCCGAAAAGCUUCUUGGGUCUCUGGAUAUUGAUCAUAAUCAAUACAAGUUUGGACAUACCAAGGUGUUCUUCAAAGCUGGACUUCUGGGUCUGCUUGAAGAGAUGAGAGACGAGCGUCUCUCCAAAAUCAUCACUGCGAUCCAAGCCAGAGCCCGAGGUCUUCUGUCUCGUCUUGAGUAUCAGAAAAGAUUUGAACGCAGAGACGCAUUGCUCGUGAUCCAGUGGAACAUCCGUUCAUUCAUGGGGGUCAAGAAUUGGCCCUGGAUGAAGCUGUACUUCAAGAUCAAACCUCUGCUGAGAUCUGCUGAGGCAGAGAAAGAGAUGGCCACUAUGAAGGAAGAAUUCCUGAAGCUGAAAGAGGCUUACGCAAAAUCUGAGACCCGCAGAAAAGAACUAGAGGAGAAAAUGGUCACACUUCUCCAAGAGAAGAACGACCUGCAGCUCCAAGUUCAAGCGGAGCAAGAUAACCUCUGUGAUGCAGAGGAGAGGUGUGAGGGGCUGAUAAAAAAUAAGAUUCAGCUUGAGUCAAAAUCCAAAGAGCUGGCGGAAAGACUGGAGGAUGAAGAGGAGAUGAACGCUGAACUGACGGCGAAGAAGAGGAAACUGGAGGAUGAGUGUUCAGAGUUGAAGAAGGACAUCGACGACUUAGAGCUAACUCUGGCUAAAGUGGAGAAAGAGAAGCAUGCCACUGAGAACAAGGUUAAAAACCUUGUGGAGGAGAUGGCUGCUCUGGAUGAAAUCAUAGCUAAGCUGACCAAGGAGAAGAAAGCCUUACAGGAAGCUCAUCAGCAAACACUGGAUGACCUGCAGAGUGAAGAAGACAAAGUCAACUCUCUGACCAAGGCCAAGGCAAAGCUGGAGCAGCAAGUGGAUGAUCUUGAAGGGUCCCUUGAGCAAGAGAAGAAAGUUCGAAUGGACCUUGAGAGAGCCAAGAGAAAGCUGGAGGGAGACUUGAAGUUGAGCCUGGAGACAGUCAUGGAUUUAGAGAAUGACAAGCAACAGCUGGAGGAGCGCCUGAAGAAGAAAGACUUUGAGAUCAGCCAGCUGAACGGGAGAAUCGAAGAUGAACAAUCCAUAAUCAUUCAACUUCAAAAGAAGCUGAAAGAGCUGCAGGCUCGUGUAGAGGAGCUGGAGGAAGAGCUCGAGGCAGAGCGAGCUGCCCGAGCUAAGGUGGAGAAGCAGAGAGCGGACCUGGCCAGAGAGCUGGAGGAGAUCAGUGAGAGACUGGAGGAGGCUGGAGGAGCAACGACUGCUCAGAUUGAGAUGAACAAGAAGAGGGAGGCAGAGUUCCUGAAGCUCCGCAGAGACCUCGAAGAGGCCACUCUGCAGCACGAAGCCACCACUGCCACGCUCAGGAAGAAACAGGCUGACAGUGUUGCUGACCUGGGAGAGCAGAUUGACAACCUGCAGAGAGUCAAGCAGAAACUGGAGAAGGAGAAGAGUGAGCUCAGACUGGAGCUGGAUGAUGUGGUGUCCAGUAUGGAACAUGUUGUUAAGUUCAAGACUAACUUGGAGAAGACCUGCAGGACCUUGGAGGAUCAAAUGAACGACUACAGGGGCAAGUGUGAUGAGUAUCAAAGAUCCCUCAAUGACUUCACCACCCAAAAAGCCAAGCUGCAGGCUGAGAAUGAUGAGUACUCGAGACAGCUGGAGGAGAAAGGCUCACUGAUUUCUCAGCUGACUAGAGCAAAGAACUCCUACACCCAACAACUUGAAGAUCUCAAGAGACAACUGGAGGAGGAAGUGAAGGCCAAGAAUGCUCUGGCUCAUGCAGUGCAGUCCGCUCGUCACGACUGCGACAUGCUCAGGGAGCAGUACGAGGAGGAGCAGGAGGCCAAGGCUGAACUCCAGCGCAGCAUGUCCAAGGCCAACUCUGAGGUGGCUCAGUGGAGAACCAAGUACGAAACUGACGCCAUCCAGAGGACUGAGGAACUAGAGGAAGCCAAGAAGAAGCUGGCUCAGCGUCUGCAGGACGCAGAGGAGGCUGUAGAAGCAGUGAAUGCUAAAUGUUCCUCUCUGGAGAAGACCAAACACAGAUUGCAGAAUGAGAUUGAAGAUCUCAUGGUGGAUGUGGAGAGGUCGAAUGCUGCUGCUGCUGCCCUGGAUAAGAAGCAAAGAAACUUUGAUAAGGUCCUGUCCGAGUGGAAGCAGAAGUAUGAGGAGUGUCAGUGUGAGCUGGAGAGCUCCCAGAAGGAGGCCAGAGCUCUCAGCACUGAGCUCUUCAAACUGAAGAACUCCUAUGAGGAGUCUCUGGAUCAUCUGGAGACCAUGAAGAGAGAGAAUAAGAAUCUUCAAGAGGAGAUUUCUGAUCUCACUGAGCAACUCGGUGAGGGAGGAAAAACCAUCCAUGAGUUGGAGAAGGUCCGGAAGCAGCUGGAGCAGGAAAAAACUGACAUCCAGUCUGCUCUGGAAGAAGCCGAGGCCUCCCUGGAGCAUGAAGAGGGAAAGAUUCUGAGAGCCCAGCUGGAGUUCGCCCAGAUAAAGGCAGAAAUGGAGCGUAAAAUAGCUGAGAAAGACGAGGAGAUGGAGCAGUGCAAGAGGAACUCCCAGAGGACCAUUGACACCCUGCAGAGCUCUCUUGAGGCUGAGACCCGCAGCAGGAAUGAGGCGCUCCGUUUGAAGAAGAAGAUGGAGGGAGACCUCAACGAGAUGGAGAUCCAGCUCAGCCAGGCUAACAGACAAGCUGCUGAGGCUCAGAAACAACUGAAAUCUGUUCAUGCACAUCUCAAGGAUGCUCAACUGCAGCUCGAUGAGUCUCUGCGAACCAAUGAAGAUCUUAAAGAGAACAUUGCGAUCGUUGAGAGACGCAACAACCUGCUUCAAGCUGAAGUGGAGGAGCUCAGGUCUGCUCUGGAGCAAAGUGAGAGAGGCCGCAAACUUGCCGAGCAAGAGCUGCUGGAUGUCAGCGAGAGGGUGCAGCUCCUGCACUCUCAGAACACCAGCCUGAUAAAUCACAAGAAGAAGCUGGAGGCAGACACAGCCCAGCUUCAAACCGAAGUGGAAGACGCGGUGCAGGAGUGCAGGAACGCUGAGGAGAAGGCCAAGAAGGCCAUCACUGAUGCCGCCAUGAUGGCAGAGGAGCUGAAGAAGGAACAGGACACCAGUGCUCACCUGGAGCGCAUGAAGAAGAACAUGGAGCAGACCAUCAAAGACCUGCAGCACCGUCUGGAUGAAGCUGAGCAGAUCGCUCUGAAGGGAGGGAAGAAGCAGGUGCAGAAGCUGGAGGCCAGGGUGAGGGAGCUGGAAAACGAGGUUGAAAUGGAGCAGAAGAAAAACGCUGAAGCUGUGAAGGGCGUCCGCAAAUACGAGCGCCGCAUCAAGGAGCUCACCUAUCAGACUGAGGAGGAUCGCAAGAACAUCGCCAGGCUUCAAGAUCUGGUAGAUAAGCUGCAGCUCAAAGUGAAAUCUUACAAGAGAUCUACUGAGGAAGCUGAGGAACAAGCCAACGUUCAUCUCGGCAAGUUCCGCAAGCUGCAGCACGAGCUGGAUGAAGCUGAGGAGAGAGCUGACAUCGCUGAGACUCAAGUCAACAAGCUGCGUGCCAAGAGCCGGGAUGCUGGCCCCAAGAAAGGGUUUGAGGAGGAGUGAGCCUGUGGAUCCUUUGGAGGAACCCUUUUUGCGUGCUGUGUACAGUAGAUCCCCUAAACUAUCCCUAUUCACAUCCUGUAGUCCUUAAUAAACCUCAUUGAGCUGCUCAUCA